GAAGUCGCAGCUACGGUCACACUGCUCGCGCGCAGUGCAAUUUCGCGCAAUAAUACGAAAUACGAAAGCCAUGACCAGCUCACGCAGCCAUGUCAGCAUGCAGAGCAAAUACGACCGUGUGGUCCUGCUGGUGGACAUGGACUGCUUCUUCUGCCAGGUGGAGGAGAAGCAGCAGCCGGAGUACCGCAAUCGGCCGCUGGCCGUGGUUCAGUACAAUCCAUGGCGCGGAGGCGGCAUUAUUGCGGUGAAUUACGCCGCUCGCGCCAAGGGAGUGACGCGCCAUAUGCGCGGCGACGAGGCGAAGGACCUGUGCCCGGACAUCGUCCUCUGCCAGGUGCCAAAUAUCCGGGAGAAGGCGGACACCAGCAAGUACCGCGACGCCGGCAAGGAAGUUGCCAAUGUGCUGCAGCGCUUUACGCAGCUUCUUGAGCGCGCAUCCGUGGACGAGGCUUAUCUGGACAUCACGGAGACCGUGAAUCUACGAAUGCAGCAGAUGCAGAGCGGUGCCUUCGCUCUGAAGCCCGAGGAACUGGUUAACACCUUUGCCGUAGGCUACCCUAACAUCGGCGACUAUGUGAACAAGAUCACGAACCGCUUCGCCAAUCCCUACGUAGACGACGAACGUUUCCAGAUGUCCUACGAUCAAAACGACCUUCCCGCAGUCCGGCAGAGCGACAUUCGACUGCUGAUCGGCGCCUCUGUGGCUGGUGAGGUGCGGUUGGCGGUCAAGAAGGAGACGGGCUAUGAGUGCUCCGCGGGAAUAGCACACAACAAGAUUUUGGCAAAGCUGGCAGCCGGCAUGAACAAGCCCAACAAGCAGACCAUUCUACCGCUUGCGGAGACCGCUGCUCUCUUCGACUCCUUGCCCGUGGGCAAGAUUAAGGGGUUGGGGGGCAAGUUCGGCGAGGUGGUAUGCGAGACCCUGGGCAUAAAGUUCCUGGGCCAAGUGGUAAAGUUCACAGAGGCCGAUCUGCAGCGAAAGUUUGAUGAAAAGAAUGGCACCUGGCUCUUCAACAUCUCUCGCGGCAUCGAUUUGGAGGCGGUGACUCCGCGUUUCUAUUCCAAGAGUAUUGGCUGCUGCAAAAAGUUUCCGGGGCGGAACAACAUUAUGGGAUUGAAAACCCUCCAGCACUGGCUGGGCGAGCUCUCUUCCGAGAUCAACGAUCGGCUGGAGAAGGACUUCAUCGAGAACAAUCGCAGGGCCAAGCAUAUGGUGGUGCAAUACGUGCAGGACAUUGACGGCGAGGAGGUGGCCAGCUCCCGCUCAACGGCUCUUAAGGAUUACGACCAGGAGUCCAUCGUAAAGUAUGCCCUGGACCUCAUUAAAGCCAAUACUAAGACCUUUCUGCGUGCCGGCAGCGAAUCCGUUUUGAACAACGCUAUUAAAUUCCUUGGCAUUAGUGUGGGCAAGUUUGAAACCGUCUCCAAUGCCAAGAACAAGCUGCAGGAGAUGUUUGCCAACCAGGCUGCCAAAAAACGAAGGGUCAGUGGGGAGGAGGCAGUGCAACCACCAAAGGUCCAAAUGCCAAUAAAGCCGAAGCAGACUGAGGAGUCCAAAAUGAAGAACUUCUUUGCCAACUACCUCCAAGGGGCUAAGAAAGAGGACACCAAGCCAUUUGAUAACUCUGGGGAACAGCUAUCUGAUGCGUCUGUUGAAGCUGCUCCAAAGAAGAGUUUCGUCGAGGAGUACAAGCAGAAACUCCAUGCGGCCACGAAGACCAAAUCAGAUGCAAAAAAAACGGUUCUCACCUCAACGCCGCCGGAGUUUAAAGAAAGUUUCUUUUCCCAGUACCUGAAACAACAAAAAGAGUGUCGUCAGCAGGAGUCUAAGGCAGCGGGUGACGACUCAUCAGAUAUGCAAGACUUGGCCGAAGAGUUGGACGCCAUUGAGGCUAGCAACACAAACGAUUUUGAUGAAGACACUGAAGAGGAGACCGAUUUAAUUGAAAGUAUCUCUAAAUCAGUGCCAAAGAAAUCUCCUUCCACGUCUAAAAAUGCGGCUGCGGCGGAUCAAACUUCCAAAGCUUUUCAAGGGGCGCAGCCAAUAUCUUCCAAAGCUACAAUAGAGAAUGAACUAUCCACAUCUAAUAAGGCGAAUAUGGAGCCUCCCGAUCCUAAGGCCCUUCCACUCACUGAAGAAGAACUGCAGCCUUCGACUUCAAAAAGGAAAUUCGACGAGCUUGACAGAAACUACAAGCAAAGCUACGCAGAGUUCGCUCUACCUGAGCUUCGAACCGACCUUCUACCGAUGAUCAAAUGCGAUCAGUGCGGAGCUAAUAUACCCGACGACGUCAAAUCCCUGCAAACGCAUAGAGACCACCACUUCGCCCAGGAACUGAGUCAUCAGCUGAGAAGCAAAGAGCGGGAAGAAAGGAUGCAAAGCCGCCAGAAGGUAUCUCCCAAACCGACGCCACCGAAGAAGAUUAAGAAGACGGCUGGUUCUAGUAGCACAAGCAAUACCACAGCUCGACCCACUAGCAGCAUAGCCAAGUUCUUCAACGCCAAGCGAACCCAGGAGCCACCAUCCAGCGAUGCUGAAAUGCAGCAGUGCACCGAGUGCAAGGCUUUCGUUAAGAGCGUGGACAUGCCGGAGCACCUGGACUACCACGUGGCCAGAAACUUGCAGCGAGAACUGAACCAGCAGGAUCUGCGCACACGGACCGCGGCUCUAAGCAAGGAAAAGACUUCCCCUGCUCAGUCGAAGAAGCAAAAACAUAAGCAUCUGAACACCACAAUUGCCGCUUCCUCAAGUGGAACCAAGACAAUUGCCCAGUUUUUCAGCCAAAGGAAUUGAUUGCUGGUCCUCUGUCCAGUAUAAGUAUUCCAAUCUAGACUAGUACCUAAGGAUGGACCAGCUAGAGGCUAACAUACGAACUUUUGAUUUCUUUAAGAUUUAGUGAAAGCUAAAUUGAGAACACGACUUUUGGUUUCAAAGAUGUAUUGAGCUUGCAAGAUUUAUAAAAUUUAUACUUUUUUUUUAAUUUCAUUAAGCCGAAGAAAAAUUGUUUAUUUGUGCAAAUAUGUAUUACAAAUUCGCAAAUCAGCAAGUUGAUUUGUGAAGCUUUUUUUGUUAAAUAUAAAUAUUGUGUUUUACGCAGUUAAAUGAUAAGUGAGUUUUUUGUUUUUGUAAAUUUAUUAACGUUUAUAAGCUGUAACGAGUAAGACGGGUAAUGAAACUCAAAAAAUACUAUUUGUACCUUCUUAAUUUUCUUUAACGUUAGGCUUAAGUACCAAUGUUGAUCAUUACCACUACUAUACAUUAAGAAAUAAAACCCAGAGCUCUGUUAAUGCUACAAAAAUGA